AUGGAAAGCGAUGAAGAAGAAUUUGUCGUGAUUGCUUUAUGUUGGUCUUAUAAGAAGAAGAACAGGAAACUAUUACCCAAAUCAAACAAACGUGAUAAUACUAAUAAUUUAAUUUGUCGUAGCAACGAAAAUGUCAGCCGGCGGUUGUGCGUCCACUUAUUGGCAGUCCAUGUGAUAUUAUCAACACCCGUCGCGAGAUUAGAUCGCGUUGUAAAAGUUGCCUCUUCGAGAAAUCACGUCGGUGUUACUGAAGUAAAUUGA